UAGAUGUAGGUACAUCGUCGUCACUCGCCAGUCUGGAGAUAUAUCCACUCACUCAGUUGAUUGAUGCGGUUUCGCCAUUCCAUAUACAACUGUUUUCAGAAAGUGCUGCUGGGUGGUGUCGUGAUUAUUGUUUAUCUAAACUAUCAGUGUUUGAAAUUAGUAGAAAAUAGCCAUGCAGGAGCAUACUGGUCGUAGAGAAAUCUCUGAAGAGCCUCCAAUGAGCCGAUUGUUCGUAAUAUGCGGUCGGCAAAUCACCAAAGAUCAGCUAAUGAAACACUUUGCCGAAGACGGUGAAAUCGAGGAGUGCAUCGUAAUUGUGGACAAAAAGACCGGCCAGGGCAAAGGCGUAGCCUAUGUUAAGUUCUCGAAAACUUCCUCUGCGGCUCGGGGUCUACGUAAGAAUGGUUCCUUUAUUGACAAUGAAACCCGUCCCAUCAAAGUGAUGAUAUCCGCUAGCUACCACAACAAAAAGGGUGAUGGUCCACCAGAGGAAGUGAACGAAUAUAAAUUUCGCCGGCUGUUUGCAGUGAUUCCUAUCUCGAAGGAUGAAGAAGCUAUCAAAAGUGAGUUCAGUCGAUUCGGUACAGUGACCCAGGUACGAUUGGUACCGGAUAAGAAAAAUCAAACUCAAUGUGCGGCUUACAUCACAUUCACAUCAUUCCUGGAAACUGCAAUGGCCAUCGAGGGCUGUGAUCCGAACUAUAGAGCCAAGUUCUGCCUGCCUCGGGAAAUGCUAAACAAGGACAAGGAACACAGUAGCAGUGGAAAAUAUGAGUCUUCCAAUGGUUCUAGCCGAAAAAGAACUCAUUCUCCUGAGUCUGGUCGCGGCGGAGGCGAUGUCAAGCUGGUUGUUAUUUGUAGUAACAAUUUGAACCAGGAUCGUUUGUGGAGAAUUUUCGAUAUUGCUCCAGGAAUGAAGUACUGCAACAUCGUGACCCAAAAUGACAUAAACAUUACCGCUUCCGUUGUCUACUCGAGCAAAGAUGAAGCUCAGCGUGCGGUGGACAAAAUCCACGGACUGGAAUACCCCAUUGGAGAGCGUAUCAUCGUACGUUAUGAGAAUGAAUUCCGCGACGAAAUUACUCCCAACGACGCUCUGGCCCAGCUUGGACCCCCGAAACCAAUUCUGAACUCUCAAACGACACAAUGCGCCAAGAAGGCAUUCUUCAUCUGCAUGCCCGAAGCCGUUUCGGUGAAACUUCUGCAGGAUGCUUUCUGCAGAUUUGGUGAUCUUAUCAACAUCUACCUGAUUCCCGGAAAGCGUCACGGCUACGCGGCUUUUGCCAGUGAAGUUGCCGCAGAUCGAGCCAUUCAGCAGUUGCAUGGAAUGCAGUUGGGUGACUGUCGGCUGAAGGUUUUGGAAUGCAUGGAGCAAGGCGACGUUAAGAAGCGGAAACAGAUGGAGCACUAAGCUGCUGGUAGCUGGUCGGAAUAAUAACUUGAGAACGAUUGAAUGGAACGUACCAUGGAAGAGAAAUAAGAAUCGAAGCUUUUAAGAACGAAAUCAGGUUUUGAAUAAUAUCAGGACAUUCUGACAUAGAAAUUUCAAACAUUCGUUCCUGGUGGGAGAACACAAACAUACAAUUUUUACUUGAUAAUUAAACUGAAUAAUUCACGCAGUCGAUGUGGAAGAUUUCACAGUGAAAUGGAAAUCAUAAUAUGUACUGAGAAUUUAAAAACUGUAAAUUCAAAAUGAAAAUGAACUCUAUUCUUCAAAUCGAACAAAUUUGUUGGAAGCUUCCGAAAAUUCACAAUUGAAAACAAUUGAUGAAAUUCAAACAAAUGGAUUUAAUAAAUUCAUAACUAAAAUAAACAUUUUUAACGUAUUCGUAGUGAAAGGAACAUACAUUGAAUAAAGUGAACUGAAAUAAAUCAAUCAAAUAA